AUGAGUUCUUUAUCUGCAAUCCAGUUGAAAAAAACCCAAGCUCCAGCUGCAGCAGUAGAGAACGAGACCAGCCCUGUUCCUAAGACGCUUAAUGAUAGACCAAACCCAGAUCAGACCAGCACACAGGUAUUUACUGUCCAAGGAUUUUCACUGGUUGAUUAUCCAGAUAGUGAUGAAACUGAUGAGGAUGGUAUGGAAAACGAACCUCCCACCCCACACCUGGAUGUUAUUUUAGGGCAGAAUGAUAUUGGCCCAGAUGUUUCAGAUCAUUUGUACGAUUCAGAUGAAACUGUUGUGAAAGAAACUUGUGAUGAGGCUUCUCCAAGCAACCAUUCCAACAAUCAAUCGGAUGAUGAACUUGUUCCACCACUGAGACGCACAAAAAGCAUUCUGAUGGAUAGAGUAGAAGAUUUUACCCACAGUCUCUAUGAUUCAAGUAGUGACAGCGCAGUAGAGACUCCUUUUUUUAAGCCUGAAAGGGAUUCACAGAAGCUAAGAAGGUCUUGCCAUCCCAUUCAUAUGAAUCUCAUGGAAUCGGAUGACUCAAACUUAGGUAGCGAAGAGGAGUAUAUUCCAAAUCCCAUGGAUGAAAGCACAGAACGUGAUAGCAGUAUGGAAUUAACCCUGGAAAAGGAAAAAAAGAACAAAGGUGCAUCAUCCAGUAAGAGCAAGUUUAAGCCCAGAGAGAAAAGAAGUAGAUCCUCCCGAGAGAGUGGAAGCAAGUCCUCCAGACAGAGCAAGUCUAAUCCCGGAGAGAGUGGAAGUAGAUCCUCCCGAGAGAGUGGAAGCGAGUCCUCCAGACAGAGCAAGUCUUAGCCCGGGGAGAUUGGAAGUAGAUCUUCCCGAGAGAGUGGAAGCGAGUCCUCCAGACAGAGCAAGUCUAAGCCCGGGGAGAUUAGAAGUAGAUCCUCCAUAGAGAGUGGAAGCGAGUCCUCCAGACAGAGCAAGUCUAAGCCCGGGGAGAUUGGAAGUAGAUCCUCCCGAGAGAGUGGAAGCGAGUCCUCCAGACAGAGCAAGUCUAAGCCCGGGGAGAUUGGAAGUAGAUCCUCCCGAGAGAGUGGAAGCGAGUCCUCCAGACAGAGCAAGUCUAAGCCCGGGGAGAUUGGAAGUAGAUCCUCCCGAGAGAGUGGAAGCGAGUCCUCCAGACAGAGCAAGUCUAAGCCCGGGGAGAUUGGAAGUAGAUCCUCCAUAGAUAGUGGAAGCGAGUCCUCCAGACAGAGCGAGUCUAAGCCCAGGGAAAGUGGAAGUGAAUCCUCUAGUCAUAGCCAAUUUGACUUUAGCCAGAGAAGACUUUUGGAAAGAUGUCAUGAUCCCACACAAAGAUGUCCAAAUAGCAGAGUUGAUGGGAAUGAAAAGGAAAUCGCAACAUAUUCUGAAAUCAAUGUUUCAGUGCCCCUGGAAGAAGAGCAGUAUAUCAUUGUCAGUCCAACUUUAAAGAAAGAUGAUGGAUCCAGAAGCUAUAACAAGAAACAUUUCUGCUUUUAUUGCAGGAAGUUUGUCCAGAAAAUGUCAAGACACUUGUGGCGUAAACACCAAGAUGAAUUGGAUGUUGCGAAAGCAUUCAGUUUUCCCAAAAACUCAAAGGAAAGAAAACUACAAUUGGACUACAUACGAAAUAAGUGAAACUUCGAGCACAACAGUCAUGUUUUAGGAACACAAAAAGGAAGACUAAUCCCAUGUAAACAACCGGGAAAAAAAUCAGAGGGACAUAAAUUUGCACAUUGCAUU